AUGCAGCAAACCCCUGCGAAUAAGAAAGCGCAAUCAGCCCCCACACUAUACGAAGAAGUUUCUAUACCCUCACCUAAUCGAAUCGGAUUCCAGAUAACCACGUCACAAACGAUGAAAGCCGAAUCUAUCACGAAUGACCCUCUCACCGACCGUGGUCAUGCUCGUCUCGCUCGCCUGACGGCUGCGAAAAAAGAAGAGCUGCAAUUGGCUUGGGAGCAGAUCCAGAGGACGAGGGAUCAGAUAGUAGAGAUCGAUAGAUCAGUAUCCAUCCUCCACAACACAAUCAAUCAUACGCGUCAUGCGGUGGACGUACUGGAGAAGAGUCGACAGUCUUUGGCGGCCAUCACCAACAGUAUAACAGGUUUAGACCUAGUGUCCAAUACAAUCGCGGCAUCCAAGAAUGGACAUCCCGCGCCUGAAAUCUGCCAAACUGCCGCGCGUCUCGGAAAUCAACUCAAAGAUGUUAUCUUCAAUUUGGAACUGGAAUUGCGCGAGUGGAACUUCGAGCUUGCAUUCCACAGAGGCCAUCUCGCGCACAUUGAGGCCUAUUACGCCUCGGUGGAGGACGUACUCAAUGGAGCCAAAGUACUCCUCUCACCUGUGCGGAUAGUCCCACCCGAGAUCUGGGUGAAGAUCUUUGAGUACUGGAUCAAAGAUCGGGACCUCGCAACCACCCACCUCUCCCUUCCCUCCCCGUUGGUCCUUGGUCACGUGUGCAGUAAAUGGCGCCAAAUAGUUCACGGUACACCAAAACUGUGGAAACGAUGCGACCUUUACCCAUUCACUUGGUGGCCCCAAUCACUUCUCAACAUAUUUAUGCAGUCAAGGAGAGCUGGUGGAGGAAAUAAUGCCAUACGCUAUCAUUUUCUCGCCGAAAACCUGCCAACCUGGAGUAUCCAAGCACGUCAAAGCUCACAAACCGGGCGGGCCUAUGUGGGUCCUAGGUUUGGUCGCACUCGUAGACUUGUGCAAGUUCCCGCAGAUGAGAUGCUCCAUAUCUCCUCAGUCCAUUUCAAAGUGACAAGCCAGCUGAGUUUUGAUAAUUACUCCCAUCUGCCAUUAGCAAAUUUUCACAAUGUCGUCAUUCGCGGCAACUCGACUGACUUAGGAGGAGAGUUGGCUUCCUUCCUCAAAAUGCUAAGCUCGGUAGAAGAGUUGAAGAUGGAAGACGUCUGGUUUACAGGCGCAACUUCCAUAUCCAUGCCGCAUUUGAGGCGAUUGGCUUUCCAUUUUGACCAAUUCAACCCCUCCGAUAUAUCAAUAUUGCUCCAUGCGAAUCUCGAAGAGCUCAUAAUUCGCCAUAAUGGUACCAAUACCAUUUCAUUUGGUUCUGGUUUCGUACCACCAUUGCCGGAUCUUCGUCAUCUCGGGGUAACGCCGCACGAUUAUUCAAUGAUCGAGCGUUUAAUGACGCCAAAUUUGAAGCAUGUGACGUUGUAUCCCACAGAAGAGCCUACCAUCGAUGCAACCGAGGUGCAGCAAUCACCGAGCAGUCCCCAGUCCAACUCGCCGCCCACUGUGGUCGACUAUCUGAUUAAAGCGUUGGUCCCAAAGCUUCACACAGUGGAAGAGGUGACAUUCACUGAGUGGAAGUCACGAUUCACGGACAUGGGCUGUGUUUCUACUUUGGAACGACUACUUGGUGUACCUUCGUCCCUUCACCACGUCAUCUUCAACAGGUGCCACCUGGACGGGCCUGCACUCAUCUCUUGUCUCGCCAAAGCCAAUGGCGAAAAAGUAGACAUUGAGGAAAUUCUGACUUCAGAGGAGCGCUACCCGCGGGAUAUCGAUGCGCCCUCAGUUUCCACGUCAUUGCGAUUCAAGUCUCUCGGCGAGCUUACACUCUCGUCGUGUACUGGCAUAACUCGUGAUGAGUGUGACAUUUUGGCGUCUACGGUAGGCAAGUUGAACAUCUAUCUCUAG